CAAACAAGCAGGCGUUGUGUCAUUUGGGUAAAUGAGUUAGCUGGUUCAUCGACCCUCUGUUUAAAUAGGCCCGCUGGACUUUCUCCUCCUCCAGAGAGCGGCGCACACGCUAACCAAGAGCGCUUGUUCUGCUCCAGUAAGUGGAGCGCCACACUUCCGACUGACCAUGCAAGCGUCUUUCUACCCUUUUCUCCUGAUUGCCUUACAUGUGUCCAUGCCGGUGGAUUGUAAAUGGAGGUUCCAGGAGCUGAACAGCUUGAGAUCCAGGAGGCCUGCAGAUACGCCAGUCAGGACAUAUCACUACAGUGCUGGUUUCACAAAGAAACGUUUUCUUGGGGACUUUCUAGUUAUUUUGCCUGUAAGGACAAACGGGAGCGAUGUUGUGUCCAUAUUUGACUUGAGAAGAAAACAGUUUGUGUGUAUGGACUCAAAGGGAGAUCUGUACAACUCAAGACAAAAAGAAGGCAAGGAUUGUUUCUUCUACCGCAUUGGCUUUUACUCUCCUCGUGAAAGUCAGCCCCCAAUUUCUUCCCUGGAGUCUUCUCACCCAUCUUUUCUAAAGCGCUUCCUAGCUCCCUUGGUGAAGAGGCAGAGGAGGAGCGAGGAAGUGAACCCGUCGGAUCCGUUGAGAUCAGAGUCAGAUCCCUUGAGACCUGAGAUACAUCCCACCCAUUCCGUGCAGGACCACAAAGAGUCCGAUCACUUGCAGCCCGAACAGACGGACCAGGCUGGAGCUGUGUCAAAGGAGACCAUCUCUUCCUGUGAUGACCCCUUAAAGGUCUUACAUGCUAACGGGCCAGUGAGCCCAGUCAAGACAAUUAUAGAAGACCGAGCUGAGCAAGAAUGAAAUGAUGAACAUGGACUUUUUGUAAGUGAAAUAACAUACAAUGGAACCUCCAACCUUGAACAUAAUUCCGACCUUUAAUUUGUUUGGAUUGUUAAUGUAUUUUCCCCAUAGGAAAUAAUGGAAAUGGAAUCUGUUCUAAAGUCAGUGUCACCAUUAGAGAUUGGUAUCGAAUUCGGUACCUGACCAAAAUUUGUCGGUACUACCGGGUAACAAUUCACCAAAAAUAAUAACAGUGCAACUAUAUAGCAGAUACUUUUGUAGCACAUGGCGUCACGUUUUCAGACUCGACACCAACUGGAGCGCUUGCUGGGGAAGCAAACACUCAAGCACUGAGAGCAAACUCAGCCAGGCUACCUCUAGGUAACGUUACGAUUUUUAAUGCCAUUAAAGCAAGCAUGUCUAAUGGAAAACUCUCGAAGGCACAGUAAAACUCCACUUUUCUAAAUGCGCAAGCUAAAAGCUAACUUACUUUGAAAGUAUGCCACAUACUGUAAUGUAUAUGCGACCGAUUAGCACUAACAAUUUUCACACCUCCGAAUGUGGUAAUAAAAACUACAAGAUGCACAUUACAAUUAAACAGCAGGUGUGUAAUAAAUACAAUACUUAAAGCAUAAACACUUUGUAAUGUGCAGCAAAGGACUACACUUGGACAUUAAUGGCAAAGACUACUUCCGAGCUCAGCAACACACUUAAAUCUAUACCAGGGGUCGGCAACCCCCGGCCCCGGAGCCGCAUGCGGCUCUUUGAUCAUUCUGAUGUGGCUCAGCUGCUAAAUAGCCGACCCCAACGAUUAUUCCGGGAGGUUUCCUGAUUUUAGUGCAUCUCUCAGAAAUCCCCCGGGAAUAACAUUCUCCAAUUUCCACCUGGACUUCAAUAUUGAGGGUGUGCAGUGAUGGCAACGCCUUUAACCCCCUCUACAACAUGUCAUCACAUUUUAUAUUCAGCCUCUGUUAACAACAGAAGAGACUGCGACGCUGGUUAGUCAACAGCCAUACAGGUUACACUGAGGGUUGUAAUAUAAACAACUUUAACACUCUUACUAAUAUGCGCCACACUGUGAACCCACACCAAACAAGAAUGACAAACA